CAGGCUCAAGGAUGAGCAGGUCUCCUCCCCUUGUCUGAUCUGAGACCUGUGAGCUCCCCACACUGUUCUCAUCCAGCAGAGCAGCCAGGGACAAAUGAUCGAUAUUUUUGGCUACGCUUUGUUCGGACAGACGGAUGGGAAAUAUUCCUCUGGAUAACUAUACAUUUGUUUUUUGAAGAUGGGAUUAUACAAAAACAACCACAUGGGAAUUAAUUGUUCGAUUGGCUUACAAAAGUCAGCGUGAAAAGGCUUAAAUCAGGUAGGUUAUUUGCUAAAUACGGUUAUUUACAGACGGUGCGACACUUGAAAUCACGAAUCCAGCCGCCAGAUGAUAAAAAGUGUUCUGGAGUGAUUUGUAUUUAGCUUCAAUUAUUUUGAGGUUACAUAUCGGUCAUCCGCAUUAGUUUUUCGCUUGUUUCUUACUUUUAGACGUUGACUCUCAGCUGCAACAAGUUUACUUAUUUGUUCAACAAAGCUGUCGGUAUUUCUGCACUUUUAGCACCCUUUGACACCACUUGUCUUGGCUAGAGAGUAGAAAAACCUCGUUCAGAGAACCUUUGCAUGAUACAUGAAAACAGAUGUCCUAGAAUAAUAUAUAUAUAUUUUUUACCUGUGUAAAAUCGGAUUAAACUGCAUUCGUAUACCACCUUUUAGAAAGGUUAAAACAGUUCACAGAGCCCGACAGGGAACUGACAGGGCAAAAGAGAGGAUACAAAAGAGGUUUAGGCCAGCAUUGUGUGUUACAACAAAUGUCAUGAAAUAAAACAGACAUGGUACAACACCUAAAAAGAUCAAAUUAAAGUAAGCUAAGUCUUAUUGCUCAUUACAUGUUGUGAAACAGUGCAAGCCUCGAAAUAAAACGUGUUUAUAGUUAAAGGAGAUCUUAAAAUCAGCAGUCAAUUAAAGACAAAUAUGUGAACUUACAUUAAAAACUCAGUUAAAGGAGACUAAUGAGUUGAAGCGGAAACAUGUUAAAUAGAAUAGGAGUUGUCUGCAGAUAUACGCAACAGUUACUUUAGUUUAUUGUAACACCUACAAGCUUUUGGUGUAGGUAAAGUGUGCGUAGUUGCACUUUGCCUACACCAAAAGUUCCUUAAAAUGAUCAAUUUGAUUUUCAUAGAGACCUUAAAGCUUUAAAACAAUCCUUGUUUUCAUGCAAGCAUCAUCCUUACACGAAAAUAGAAGGCACAUUUAAUCCUAAAAGUUCACUUGCUGAAGACAGUUGGUUGACAUAAGCAGAGGGCCUUAUAUUGCCUUCUCAUCGCUCUGAUUUUCUGCACAAAUAUUGAAAACAUUGUUUUAAUGCACAGGAUAGAAUGAUGGUGCAAUCUGUAGGUUUGGUGUCCUUCACUUCAAAAUGGAUUUAUAUGCCUCGGUGCAGGAGCUGGUAUUUUUCUGCAAAAUGUCCGUAUUAUUCUGUGAGCUGUAGCUUGUGGUUGCCAUGUCUGCAAGCAAGAAAAUGGUUAGAUAUUGAAAACAUAAGAUGAAGUCACAUCUAAUUGAUUUUAAUUUAUUGCAAAUUUGCUGAGUGUCCCAAAAUUGAUUAUGCAAUUCAUGCAAUUCAACAGACAAACUGUUGGUUUUGCCAUUUGUCACCCUUGGAGUGCUCAGCUUGUUGGUGAUUGCCAGUGUGAUUUAAUUUGGUGGGGGUUGGUUAACUCCCUGGAAUUAGCACUAAUCUACAUGGAUGCACGUGUUACAACCACUGGUGUUUCCCAGAGAUCAGUGAGUCAGUAUUUACCAUAAGCAGAGGGGAAAAAAACUGUUAUUUAAACAAAGACACCUGAAUGCAUGUUACAUGUUAGGUCUAUGGUCCAUUUUGGCUGUGCUGAAAUUUUAAAGAAGGUUUGUAAUGCACCUGUGAGGACCUUUGCAAGACAAUAUGGCUGACUUGGCUGUUUCUCCGGACUUUGUCCAAAGCUGGAAAGAGUCAUCAGUCUCAGCCUUGAACAGUUUGGCUUGUGCCUUAAGUGGUGCCCUAAUAGAAUUAACCUGCUGUACACACAACUGAACAUAGCAACCACAGUCUACCUGUAAGCCAUAGCUUAGUUAUUUUAAAAACCAGCUGAGCGUUCACAGAGGGCACUGAUCCUGUUUAGUGUUAAGGACUAAGGAGGGUAUAUUUUUAGGUGCUACUCUCAGACAGUGAAAAAUGAUGUUCACCAAUCACAUCAGCAAAUCAAUAUUAGAAAAAGUUUGUAUUUUACAUGGUGUGUGUGUGAAAUCUGUUGUAUACCACGUAGCAUUGCAGUCUAAUGGUGUGUUUUUGUCACUGUCUGUGUGCUGCAGGCCAGCAGAGCCAAAAACAACAAUAUGGCAAAACUUGGGAGUGAAAAAUCUUUUCUAUCAAGACAACGGUUGUCAAACAGGUCACCUGAUGAAGAGCUGGGUGUCGUUGAAAAUGGGGACAGCAGGUUUGAUGUCACUAUGAAAAUGUUAAGCUUACCUCAAAGAUGUGUGUAAUUUGAGUGCCUCGUGCAGUUGUCUUAUUGCGACUCAAAGACUUUUGUGGCACAUGGAUAUCACCUGGUACUGUUCUGAUGGCAUAAUCUUCAGUUACUUUGUUUAACCUGUUGUUUUCCAGGCCUCACUCCCUCUGUGAAGAAAACAGCGAGACAGCGCUGUCCUCAGAAACCCACAGAAGCUUAUUUACAGGGGCAGGGGCCAUGGCCAGGUAAACCUUUGCAGUGUUACUUUUAAACUUACUAUAGCAUUUACCAGGAGGUGGACUAAACCCUAAGCAUUCACUUAAGGGUUGCUUUUAAGAUAUUUCUCUUUUAGUCACGACAUUUUCUCUGCUCUACAUGUUUCCCUCCUAGUCUGAUAUGAAUUUUACAAAUAUUAAUACGGUAGUUGUGAUAUAGUUCAAUUGUUAAGCAUAUAGGAAAACAGCAUUAUGUCACCAACCCUUUAGUGAACUUUUGUAAAGACAUGGUUCUAGUUUAAUGAUUUUCUGAGGCUCACAAAAGUAAAAAAGCUUUUAGAAUAAUUCAAUAUUCCUCAAAAACAAAGAUUGAGUCCAAAAUAUUGAUACAAAUGUUAUCAUCAUAUUGUCAGUGAAAUUUAUCAGACAAUUUGAGAACCACUGGUUGAAAACAUUCUAUCAGUCAGAGACUGGUUAAGGGAAUUACUUGUAGUAGCAUAUACUACAGGAUUGUACUAUUUUUCCCCUUGUGUAUAGUAUGUGACUACCCACCCCACUGUUUGUAGCUUCAAGUUCAUUUAGAUCUUUAACUCUAAUGAGUGUUGUUAGUAACUGUCCCCCAACAUUUGCACUCCAAGUUGCCCAAGUCCUUCACUUUAAACUCAGAAGAUACAGUUUGAUUUUAAUCUAUCGAAGAAAUCGUUAUACACAAAUCACCUUACUGUUAAAAUCAGUUUGAGAAAAGAUGAUUGUGCUAAGCCACUCAGGAUAUCAGCUGAUGAUUUAAAUUUAAAUUUUGCAAAAUUUGGAUCAGACCUUUCAGGCUUUGAUAAGGGUGAAACAAUGUUAUAAUUAUCAUGUUGUGUGUAUCUGCAUUAGGGAGUGAUUCUUGGGAGAUUUGGUUUGCUGUACAUUUUCUGGCUAGUUUGUGCCCAUGUCUUCUAAACCAGUUGACCAAUAGUCCUAGACGGGUGUCACUUUGUUCUGUUUUACCUCCUGCUAACCCUAUAGGAUCUCUUACAUCUUCUUCAUGCUGCAAAACUGGGCGUCUCACAGAGUAAACCCUGAAACAGAGAGGCAUGACUCUUUUCUGGAGCGCUUCAGAGGCCCUGAGCUCAAAGACAUCUCCAGUAGAGACAGCAACACCCACUCUGUGGGCCACAACGACACAGUCCGCAAGAGAAAGUAAGUACUGGUUCCUAUGGUAGUUGCUAUGGUGACCACCUUUUGAUCUUUUGAAAAUAUGAAACAACGACACCUAAGAGGAUGAUAAAUCCAAAAUAAAGGACUUUUUCCUCUUCAGAGCUUUGGGAGUCAAACUGAGAUGAAUGGAGAUAGAAAAUGAUGAACAGAGUUUCAGAAGAUGGUGCGACUUGUGUCUGUGUGAAUCAGAGUAUUCAGGCAUGGUCUACAGUAUAUGAGGGCAGUUGAUCAAAUCUGUAACAUGAUUGUAUUGCUUAAAGGUGCAAUAUGAAGCUGCCAAGAGAUAUGAAGAUCAUAUGUCAUUAGAUAAAUAAAUAUAUCAGCAAAUAUUUUCACUGAGAAGAGCACCAUCUUUGCCACAUGCUUAUAGUGAAGUGGUGUUAUAUUUAUGCUUAAUUAAAAAUUCUAUAUUUAUCAAUAUUUAUACUAUAGUAACAUUUAAGUCACAUUAUCUGCAAGUUGCAAUAAAUACAGGGUUUCGCUUGUUUCCCUAAAUCAAACAUCAUUGUACAGACUUUUAUAACCAUCACAGAGAUUAAUAUUUCAUCUCAGAUAUUUUGAAAAAGAGUUUGGACAUACUAGCUAGCAAGUUGGCUAAGUACAGCCCAUUUUGCAGAUUAACGACUCACUCCAAAGCACUAGCUGUUAGAUAGGUGUAAUUCCCUGCCAUAACUUUAAAGAAAAGUUAACAAAAAUACUUCUAGCGCAUGUUUCAGUAUUAUCCCAUCAGGGGAUAUAACUUGUCUCUCUACAUCAGAGAGAUCAAUUCUUGUUUUCAGAGAUAUUUUGAGAGAAUCAGAGUUUAGAGUAACUAACAGUUAGCUAAAGUGUGGGUUUUGAUUGCAGUUAUGAUUCAAUACAUGUCAUUUCCUGUGAGUUUCAAAGAUAAGUUCACACAAAUAUUGAGUUAGGGAACUACUAGCUUACAACUAGCUUACAAUUCAAUGUUGCUCUUUUGACAGAGCCUGCUUGUCACACGAAAUCCUAAAUAUCAAUACAUUUUUUAGGAAUGGAUUUUUGGAUGAAUGUAAAAAAUACUAUCAAGUUUAUUCAGGCUUGUGCACUGAGGGAGCUCAUAUAAGGUCUUGGUUUGAACUCAUCCAUCUUUGAGAAAUUUCCAAAAAAGCAUGGCACCACCUGCUGGAAAAAGAUAGUGACUGCUUUAAAUCCGCUGUCAAAUCCUUACCCAAUGGACAAAAAUUCCUCAACAUGUGUUAUCCCAAGGCCUUACUGUACUCCCCUGAAGUCCACAUAUUUCUAUGUUAUUUACCGUCAUGAUACACAAUUCACUAUCAAACAGGAAGUGGUUUUUUCAAAGGGGUCAAAUUAUUAGUUGAAUCAUUAAAUGUGAUACACAGGUACCCAUCUGAGCCUGGAAACAAAUAGAGGUAUGGCAGGUGAGCGUGGCUUUUACACUCAAUUUGCCAUGCCCACAAAUUUUCAUAAAUCUAGCCACUGCUCCACGAUUACCUUAGGUAUGCGUUCAUGGGCUUACACAUCAUAUCUACACGUACUAAACAGUCUUUCCAGCAACCUAACUCUUGUUCACCAAGUCUCUGCACAGGCACAGAGGUGUGAGUGUCUCUACAUUGAUGCUUCAAGUUUUAAGUAUUGUAACAGCAAAUCAGAAAAAAAUAACAUCAAGCUAUAUGUCAAGUGUUGCUAUUUAGUCAUACUAAAUCUUCCCUUUUUGUAAGAUCAUGUAGCUCUCCAAGUGUAUAAAAUAUUUCAUUAUCAAUCAAUCAAACUUUAUUUUUAAAGCACUUUUUAUACAUUAAAUGUAGCACAAAGUGCUGCCCAUUCUGUCCAUAUUAAAAAACAAUAAAAAUGAAUACAAAUACAAAUACCAAACCCCACCCACCCUCCCAACCCCCAUUCAACACAUACAGCACUCACACACUUGCACACACAAAAGAGCAGGUGAGGACUCUUCAACUUGCCACAGAUGACUGAGGAAACGCUAUCUUGAGUUAAAAAAGAUGAGGAAACACUGGAUCUAGGACUAAAAACCAUGAUAAAAUAUAAUAAAGGUGAUAAAGUGUUAAAAGUUAAUUAAAUAAAAGUAUUCAAAUCAAACAAUAAAAGAGAGAAGAAAAAAAAAAAGAGGUAAUAAAACACAAAAUAAUUACUCCAGAACUAAAUAGCGUAAAAUCACAUAAUGCAGAUUAAAAGAUUAAAACAAAAUUCAACUAAAAGUCAGACUAAAAAGGUAGGUCUGUAGUUUACCACAGAUGGGGACCGUAAUGUUGGAACAGUGAUUUACCAUAUGUUUUAGUUUUUACUUUGGGAACAAUUAAAAGACCACUACCUGAAGACCUGAGGGCUCUACUAUCCUCAUAUGGUAAAAGCAAAUCAAACAAAUAAGAAGGACCAAGACCAUGAUGAGCUUUAAAAACUAAUAAAAGAACCUUAAAAUCUACUCUAAAAGACACAAGUAACUAAUGCAGAGAUUAUUAAUAAGAUUUUAAGUGAAAAAAGAUCAACUCUACCCGCCAGCAACUUACUGACAGCAAAUGUUGUUUCAUGGUCGGGUUGGCCUGUCAUUCCAGAUGAAGCUCAGCUUAAAGUUAACAAAAAUAUUUGGACAGGAAAAGACAUAAAAACUGCAAUCUAUCUAACUGUGAGCAGUGAAAUGUGGUUUUAUAGGAUGGGCAGAGUAUAAUUAGGCAUCUGAAAUUUGAUUUGAGAAACUUCUGUGUCUCCCGUAGAGCUUAAUGACUUGUCAAACUCAAGGACCACGUCAUCAACAGCAUAUGAUAAGAUGGUUUAUGUACUGCAUAGAUUUUGUUGCACUUUGUGUGGUAAAACUUCUGGCUUUUAAUUUGGCGACUCUUCUUUUGACAUCUGCUGUACUGAGUGGGCACAAUGAAUCCCUCAAGGCCUUUCCUGACAGACAGAAACAAAUAAAGAAAAACAACCCUAGACUACAGGGGGAGAGAUAGUGAAAGGGUCAAGGAGAGGGUUAUAUUUGAAUUUGUGCCAGAAGAGGUCUGGUUGGUAUGUUGUUUCCAAACCUUUGUUUUUAGCAUCAAGACCCAAGGAAAGAACUGAGAUGGUUGAACAUGUGAAAAACCAUUUUCUUUUUCUUUUUAAAGUCUAGCAAGUAAGUGGCCGCUGGCUCUAUACAACAUGAAUAACUGCAACAACACAGACGAGUAAGUGUGCACAUAUAUGUAUGAGAAAAUAGAAUAAAAUAGAGUUAUAUAGUUAGUAAAACAUAUUUAUUGGUGUUUUUAGACAUUAAUAGCACCUUGUGUAGGUAAUCCUAUUCUUUAUUGAAGAGCAUAGAAAUCCUGGAUUUAGCGUAGCCUCCAAUCCCUUAUCCCUUUUUUACCCCCUCGCAGUAGCCUGCUAAAGCCUCUGAUCCUUGCUGUGUUGAUUGAACCCAAGCUGGACAGUGUGGAAACUUUGUCUUUACUACGUUGCUAUCCAAUGGACAAAUGUCUGAUCUGCCUUGAUCCACCAACAAAUCCUUUAGUUCAAAGUCCUUGACUGUGAAACCUUCACUAGACCCUACAUUUAGACCUGUAGCCCUCCAAUAAACCCACGUAGAUCACCUCGGCUCGUUUCUUACCACCAAAUAAACCAAACUUGUGGUCCUUAGCAAAAAAGACGAGAUUAAAAAAGAUGAUAAAAAGGAGGAGGAGAAGAAAGACGAGAAGAAAGAUGGCGACAAAAAGGAAGAAGAGAAAAAAGAUGAGAAAAAGGAUGAGAAGAAAGAUGAGAAAAAAGAUGAGAAGAAAGACGAGAAAAAAGAUGAUAAGAAGGAUGAUAAAAAAGAUGAUAAAAAGAAAGAGGAGCCACCGUAAGUAAAGUGAAAUAUGUCCAAAACUGAGUAUCAAAAAUCAGAACAAACAAAUGGGACAAAUAGAAUUUAUAUUGAGUUUUUCUAUAGGAAAGAAAUCUGGAUUAUGGAUCCAGCCGCAGACCAGUACUACAGGUGGCUGACCGUCAUUGCAGGCCCGGUAUUUUACAAUCUAAUGAUGAUUGUAACAAGGUAAUUUCUUCAUAACUUUUUGUUAAAAUCUGUCAUUCACCAGUGAUACGUGCCCAGAUUAUUAAUCGUUUUCUCCGCCUUCCUUUCAGAGCCUGUUUUAAUGAACUCCAAGACACGUAUACAAACCUCUGGAUAGUCCUAGACUACACCGCAGACUUCAUCUACUAUGGAGACACAUUCGUCAGAUCAAGAACAGGUGGAAUAUUUGUUUGUUGAGUAAUGAAAGACAUAAUUUACAUUCUCUCCUUUACAGUUAUUUUAGUUUUCCAUUUUCACAUCUUGUGUCUGUCUCUAUAGGUUACUUGGAACAAGGCCUGCUCGUAAAAGACGCCAAGAAACUGAGGGAUAAAUACAGAACGACAUCACAGUUCAAAUAUGAUAUGAUCUCAAUAAUCCCUACUGACCUGCUGUUUCUGAAAUUUGGAUAUAACAACCCAGAGUUCAGAUUCAACCGUCUGUGUAAAAUCUCCAGGCUUUUUGAGUUCUUUGAGCGGACUGAAACCCGAACAAGCUUCCCUAACAUGUUUCGAAUCAGCAACCUCGUACUUUAUAUCCUCGUCAUUAUCCACUGGAAUGCUUGUUUGUUUUUUGCCAUUUCAAAAACCAUUGGUUUUGGUACUGAUACAUGGGUGUAUCCUAAUAUAAGUCACCCAGAGCACGGCCGCCUUGCCAGGAAGUACAUCUACUCUUUGUAUUGGUCCACAUUGACCCUCACCACCAUCGGAGAGACGCCUCCGCCUGUCAGGGAUGUGGAAUUCCUCUUUGUGAUUUCUGACUUCCUCACUGGUGUGCUCAUCUUUGCUAGUAUCGUCGGUAAUGUCGGUGCCAUGAUCUCCAACAUGAACGCCUCUCGUGCUGAGUUCCAGGCAAAGAUCGACUCCAUUAAGCAGUACAUGCAGUUUCGAAAGGUCACCAAAGACUUGGAGGCCAGGGUCAUCAAGUGGUUUGACUACCUGUGGACGGAGAAAAAGACCUGCGAUGAGAAGGAAGUUUUGAAGAACCUCCCAGACAAGCUAAGGGCUGAGAUCGCCAUCAACGUCCACUUGGACACUCUGAAAAAAGUGCGCAUUUUCCAGGAUUGUGAAGCUGGUCUGCUCAUUGAGUUGGUGCUCAAGCUGCAGCCACAAGUGUUCAGUCCUGGAGAUUACAUCUGUAAGAAGGGAGAUAUUGGCAGGGAGAUGUACAUCAUCAAAGAGGGGAAGCUUGCUGUGGUGGCAGAUGAUGGUGUCACUCAGUUUGUAGUGCUGAGUGAUGGUGCAUACUUUGGAGAAAUCAGUAUUUUGGGUAUCAAAGGCAGUAAAGCCGGUAACAGGAGAACAGCCAACAUCAGAAGUGUGGGCUACUCUGAUCUCUUUGCCCUGUCCAAAGAUGACUUGAUGGAAGCUCUCACUGAGUACCCAGAGGCCAAAAAAGCCCUGGAGGAGAAGGGAAAAGCUAUCCUGAUGAAAGAUAACCUGAUCGACGAAGCUGUCGCCAAUGCCGGUGCAGAUCCCAAAGACCUGGAGGAGAAGAUUGUCAAACUGCAGACCAACCUGGACGACCUGCAGACUAAUUUUGCCAAGCUGAUGGCGGAGCUGACCUCCAGCCAGACAAGGAUGAAACAGAGAGUCACACAGAUGGAAGCCAAAGUGAAAUCCAUACAACCCGAGGAUCUGUCAGAAGUGAUGGCCGACAAAGACAAAAAAGUACAAUAA